GGACGUUAAAGGGAGCGUUUCGUCCCCCUCCGCUCCGAGACUUUUUUGUGGGGAGCGGGCCCUCACGACGACCAGCUUUGCGCCCAAUAUUCACGUCGCCCGCCGCCCGCCGCCCACCGCCGCCCGUUUUGUCUUGCACACUUCGGAGCCCCCUUUUUCAAUGCUGCAGGCAGACACAUCGCCCUCGUGUUUGCUGUGUCUCAUGCGCUGGCCCGAGGGUUGAGCGCCGCACUCUGUCCCAUUCCGUGCGCUGUGCCAUCUUUCCCUCCCACACACCGCGCGCUUCUCCACCGCGCCCUGCCACCGCGACCACCGCGGUCAGCGACCACCGCGAUAGCGACCACUGCGAUAGCGACCACUGCCAUCAGCCACCACUGCGAUCAGCCACCACUGCGAUCAGCCACCACUGCGAUCAGCCACCACCGAUCAGCCACCACCGAUCAGCCACCACCGAUCAGCCACCACCGCGCGACCGCGACCGCACCCGCGCGAGCAUGAGCCACGGCGACUUUCUCUCGUUCGAAGAAUUCAACCGCCGCGCGGCCACGCCCCACACGCACACGACGCCCGCCGCCGUCGCCAUCGCCGCCGUCGCCGCCGUCUACGCGCUCUUCACCUUCCUCGACUUCCUCGGCUACCCGGUCGGCUUCUGGAUCCGCCGCUCGCUGCACGCCAUGGCGCGGGAGGUUGUGCGCGCGGCGUCGCCCGCGCCCUCGCUCGACUCGCAGGCCAGCGACGACUCGGCGCACAGCGGCGGCCUCAUGGGCAAUCUGUUCGGCAUGGGCGCGAGCGUCCUGUCCAAGGGCGUGCGCGGCGUCGCCAGCGCCCUGUCGCGCGGCCCCAGCGACGUGCCGCCGGGGCUGGGCAACUACGACAACUCGUGCUACCAGAACAGCGUCAUCCAGGGCCUCGCGGCGCUGCCCUCGCUGCGCAGCUACCUCGAGAAGACCACGGCCGAGCACGACUCGCUCACGGCCGACACCACCAACGGCGCCCUGCUGGAGCUGAUCAGCCAGCUCAACGACCCCGGCCAGCGCGGCCGCCACUUCUGGGUCCGCGGGACGCUCAAGUCGAUGAGCACCUUUACCCAGCAGGACGCGCAGGAGUACUACUCGCGCAUCCUCGACGAGCUGGACACGGAGCUCAAGAAGGCCAGCAGCAGCGCGAAAGAGGAAGCGGGCGGGACGGCGGCGACUGGCGAGCAGAGCGGUGCGGCCGCCAAGCAGCCAGCGGCCGCCAAGCAGUCAGCGGCCGCCAAGCAGCCAGCGGCCGCGCCGAUGCCGCUCGAGGGCGCCCUGGCGCAGCGCGUCGGCUGCACCAGCUGCGGCUACUCCGAAGGGCUCUCCCUGAUCCCGUUCAACUGCAUCACCGUCUCGCUCGGCCGCCGCAACGGCUACGACGUGCGCGAGCUGCUCGACGACCACACCGACCUCGAGUACAUUGACGGCGUCGAGUGCUCCAAAUGCACGCUGCUGAAGCUGAAGCGCACGCUCGUGCCUGUUGUGGAGAAGCAGGGCCGCGACACGCCCUUUGGCGCCCGGCUGCGCCUCGUCCAGGACGCCCUCGACGACGAGGACCUCAAGGACGCCACGCUGAUCAAGACGCUCAAUAUCCCCAAGAAGAACUGGGUCAAGAGCGAAAAGUCGAAGCAAGUCGUCGUCGCCCGCGCCCCAAAGUCGCUCGUCUUGCACGUCAACCGCAGCAUCUUCGACGAGACCACCUUUGCGCAGUACAAGAACAACGCCGGCGUGCGCUAUCCGUCGACCCUGGACCUGGCGCGGUGGUGUCUUGGCACGGCGCCGAGCAGGACCCACAAACCGGACCUCGAUCCCAAGACGGACGCGUGGCCGCGCGACCCCAAGGUGUCGAUGCUGAGCGCCGGGGCCGACGCGCCCUCGCCGUUCCAGUACCGCCUCAGAGCGGCCGUGACCCACUUUGGCACCCACGGCAACGGGCACUAUGUCUGCUAUCGCCCGCACCCCCGGCGUGUCGAGGAAAAGGACGACACCGAGCCCAAGGACGCAGACGAGGGUCGGGCAGCCGCAGAUCCAACAGCAGACGCGAAGGAGGAUCCAACAGCAGACGCAGAGGAGGAUCCAACAGCAGACGCAGAGGAGGAUCCAACAGCAGACGCAGAGGAGGAUCCAACGGCAGACGCAGAGGAGGAUCCAACGGCAGACGCAGAGGAGGAUCCAACGGCAGACGCAGAGGAGGAUCCAACGGCAGACGCAGAGGAGGAUCCAACGGCAGACGCAGAGGAGGAUCCAACGGCAGACGCAGAGGAGGAUCCAACAGCAGAUGCAGAUCCAACGGCAGACGAAGCGGACGUAGAUUCAACAGCAGACGCAGAUCCAACAGCAGACGCACAACCCGAUGUCGACAACGACGAGGAACAACAGCAACCCCCCUCGGAGCAAUGGUACCGCUUCAGCGACGACACCGUGUACGCCGUCUCCGAGCAAGAAGCACACCAGGGCAACGUCUUCAUGCUGUUCUACGAGCGCAUCGACGACGCUCCCCCGAAAGCACCCGCAACAGAACCACCAGCUGUCGUCGCUGCAGCACCCCUCCCGGCGGCCGACACAUCGCAAGCCGCCAAAGACACACAAGCAGCCAUCCGUGUCGCGUUACCAAGCGACGACGACGAGGCCUGCACCCCCCCGGGCACGACGAGCCAGGCUACACCACCACUCCCGUCAGACGAGGCCCGCGCAGCUGUCGAGGACACGCGCGAUGCACGUGCCGAUGCCAAAGCAGAAGCAGAAACAGCGCCCACGCCCACGCCCACACUCCCUAAACUCUCCCCACACACCAUGCGCACAGCGGGCAAUGCGUCGACGCGCAACUCCGGCAGUCGCGCGAGUCUGCAGCUCGUCAGCGCCUCGUAG